AUGUGCAUGUUUCCGAGUGAAUCCUCGAACGACAAGAGCCACUCCAUCAAGUCAGGGUCCGAGAAGAGCCCCAAUCGUAACUCCUGGACCAAGCUGUUCUCUUCAUCCAAGGACUCCCCCUCCAAGGGCUCCUCCAAGUCCAAGGACAGACGGCGUCCUGAUUCUGGUGGCUACUUCUCCGUAUACCAAGAGAUGGCCAGGUCUGGACACGUGAACCAACGAGGCAUCUCGUCCCGUACCGACAGGGCCACGCGAGCCGGGCCAUCUCAAGCCCGAGACACGUCUCCUGCUCGUCUCGCCGCCAGGGACACGCAGCUCCGUACCAACCAGAGCCUCAAGGACGCGUCCAGGCUCGAGAAGAGUCGCAACACCGGCAAGUCUGUAGCUCGACAAGGAUCCACUGACGCCAUCGAGGCCAUCAGGGCAAGGGCGCUGGCCAAGGCCCAGGCCCAGCGCGCGAGUGACUUCUCCCCUUUGCCAGCCCCAGUUCUCGCCGAACCGCCAAGUGACUGGCGUCCUGACAGCCGGCCCUUCAUCCCUGAGCUGGUGCCGGCGCCUCUCAAUGUUAAUAAGCAGCAAAAGCAGCAGGGGACGACCUCGACAGUCCCAACCAGUGGCCAAUGGUCACCUGGCCCAUCAGCCCCUCGCCCCCUGCCACAGCCUCCACGUACAGUGCCGCAAGGUCCCCGCCCCCAGCCGGAGACUCGUUCUCGUGGCCGCAGCUCUCCUAGUUCUGGCCGCCACCACCAAUAUGGCCAGAUGCCUCACAGACAGUCUAUCCUCGACAGGAUCGAGGCUGCUGCUGCCAUCCACCCCGAUGUCCUCCGCCGCCAGCAAAGGCAAGGCUCUUCGCGAAGGACUCCUUCUCGUAACCGUACUAGUUACGGCAUGUUCUACAUUCUUAUCUUAUUAUCGAUCAUUAAAGGUCGUCCAUCUAUCUUUAAGCACAGAAAAGCUUUGCACCUAGCGAAACGGUAG